UCUUGCCCGGUGACGGUAGCCAGAAAAGUCGAGUGGAGAGAACGUGAAAGAUGGCGACCGAUGUGGACAAGUCGGACAUCGCCUGGUAGUCGUAAUUGUGGUGUCACCGUUUCUCCGGGGCGGACUAUAAUGUCAAAUAGUGUUUCCGAGGCGUGUGGUGUUUAAACAAGGGUGGUUCCGUCGUGCUCCAGAGUCGGAAAAUGCGCGAAUUCAAGGUGGUCGUGUUGGGCUCGGGCGGGGUUGGGAAAAGUGCUCUCACCGUCCAAUUCGUCUCGGGCUGCUUCAUGGAGAAGUACGACCCGACGAUCGAAGACUUUUACAGGAAGGAGAUCGAAGUGGACAACUCGCCCUGCGUCCUCGAAAUCCUCGACACAGCCGGCACGGAGCAGUUCGCGAGUAUGCGCGAUCUCUACAUCAAAAAUGGCCAGGGCUUCGUCGUCGUCUACUCGCUCACCAACCACCAGACGUUCCAGGACAUAAAGACGAUGAAAGAGCUCAUCACCCGGGUCAAAGGGUCCGAGAGGGUGCCCAUACUCCUCGUGGGCAACAAGGUCGACUUGGAACACCAGCGCGAAGUGCCCACCCUCGAAGGCAGCUCCCUCGCCCAGAUCUGGUCCUGCCCUUUCGUCGAAGCCAGUGCCAAAAACAGGACGAACGUUAACGAAGUGUUCGCCGAAAUAGUCAGAGAAAUGAACUUCAGCCCGGAAAAAGAAAAGAAAACAUACUGCUGUUGUACGGUGCUAUAAAAGGACAUAUAUUCAUACGUUUUAAUAAGUAUACAUACAACUUAUACAUACAUAUUUAAAUAAACAAAUCUAGCUAUUUACCUAAAUUUGUAAAUAUUUUAUUAUAAUAAUCACUCGUUAGUUUUCAAACAGUCGAUUUCGUCUUCUUCUUUUUGUUUGUUUUUCAUUUCCAUUAUAAGAAACGACGGGGGAAAUAUCGUUUUAUGUUUGUACAUUGAUUCUUAAAAAACAAAAAAAAAUCAAAUCAAUCCAGGUUUAUUAGCAUUCUCGAUCCGAUGCUCAUCAUGUCCACCCCCACUCACAAAAUAGUCAUUUCUCACAGAGCUUUUUUUAAAUUCAGUACAUCUUUUUAUUAAAAUUGUUUUUACUGUUAAACAUUUAAAUUAACUUUUUAAAUUUUCACACUUAUCUAUAACAUUUCACAUUUAUUCUCUAAUUUUUUUUUCAUGUGGGUGGGGGUUUAUUAAUCUCCACGCCUAGACGUUGCAAAUUUUUUUUAUACCAAAACCGUUUUCAAAAUCACAACGGAAAAUGGAAAAAAACCGAAAAAAUAAAUUCAAAAUUUAAAACUUCCUAAAUUAUAUUCGACCAAUUGUUCUGUGAUUGUCAGUGAAUGGAGUAGCCUGUUGUCCUCGACCCGAGUCUAAAGACAAAAGUAAACAAUAAUUAUUCGAAAUCUUAUCGCGCUAGAUAUCAAAAGGGGGUUCGAUGGAUGAGUUUUCGAAUUUACAAUUUUAAAUUUUUAAAAAAUCUAAGGUUUUAUUUAAAAAAAAAAUCUCUUUUAGGAAAGGUUAUCUUGAUUUCAAACGGGAAUCGUCGCUCAGUGAUGACGCAUUUCGCUUCCCUAGAAUUUAUUAAACCUGUAUGAUUCAAAAAACAAAUAAUAAUUAUAUCUUUUAGUUUUUUUUGUAAUAUCCGUACCUUUGAACGAGAUUUCACAAAAUUUCACUAAAAACGAGUGUUCUAAUUUAAAAAAAAAAACAGUUUGACCCAUAAAUUGUUUUCUUUGUUGGGAUAGUGUCUGUGUACAGCCAGGGAAGAGAUUUUCAAUAAAAAUGUAAAUAUUUUGUCAAUUGUGGGGAAAAGUAGAAAUUUUUUUAAUGAGUAUUAUUUUAUAUACAGGGAAAGAUUUUCGCUUCCUUUUUAAAAAUUAAUCAAUAAACGAUCCGUGUCCAUUUGCCCCGUUUUUACUGGAUGGUAUUUGUACAAAAAAAAAAAAAAAGAAAAAAAUUGUGGGGUUUUUAUCAAAAGCUAAAUUGACAGUUUCGCAUUACAAUAAAAUGUAUUUUUUCAGACAAAUGAUUUUUUUGGAAAUUUGUAGGGUGAGAGGAAAAGCGAUUAGAUUUUUUAUAAAGAAAGACUGAAAUAUAUGUACCAACUUUUUUGUUUUUGUCGAAGAUUUUUUUAUUAUUAUAUGUGAUUUUUAUUUUGAACGUUGUUUUAAUCAUUCUUGAAAAGUUUUUGGGUGGUUGAAAGAAAAUACCAAUAUAUAAGAAAUAUUUUCCUUGAAAAAAAAAAAAAUUGUACUGAAUUGUAAUUCAAAUUUAAACAGGUAUAACAGGUAAAUUUGAUCUUUUUUUAAUGGAAAUUUAUAAAUAAUUUUUAAAUCGAACCACAUCUGGCCUAACUUUUGUUUUGUCUACAUGGCCUACAUUCUCUUAUAUUUUUUAUUUUUGAAAUUACAACAAAUCAGCAGUAGAUGAAACAAAAAAUAGAAUCAAAAUUGAAAAAAAAGUUUCUUUAAUUGUAAACUGUGAUAAUAUUAAGGAGAAAAACUUAAUAGUCUGCUUUAUGAAGAAUUUAAAAGGGAAAAUAUAAAAAAAAUUAUAAAAAAAGGCGACACAAAUGUGAAUGUACAUUUAUAUACGUUUUAAAAUUGUCACGAACUUUCAAUCAAAAGUCAAAAUUAAUUAACUUAUAAAAUCGUUCUUUUAAAAAAUUUAUUCAAACACUUUAACAUUGCAGUAAUUGAACAUAUCUUUUAUAUGUAAUAAAACAGAGUGUGGACCACAGGGAUGAAGCUACCUUGUUGUAAAGUUGGUCUUAUGGAACACUUACAAUAAAUAUAAAAUGGUAAUAAAUUGCCUGUAGAAUUUAAAAAAAUGGUAAAAGCACCGUGGGAAAGGAAAAUAGAUUGGACACUCCCUUCGAUUUUCUUCAAGAAUUGGCGAGGACGACCCUGAGGGAUGGAAAGACCAAAGAUUUGUUGUGAUUGAUAAAUUGUCGUAUUGUUAAUAUAUUUUAUUCAAAAGAAGGAAAAAACACGAAAAGGCCUAAAGGGAAAGCGAAGGUUGUUUUGUUUACAACUGAACAGAGCUAAUUUUUGAGAUUCCGCGUUUUAAGAUUAAAAAAUAUAUAUAUAUGAUAGUCGCCUUUAUUACAUUUUUUUAGAUCUCACUUGGAUUUUGCCAUGACCCAAUAAAAUACAAACAAAAAUCGAAAAAAAGUUACUAAGGGGUAAAUACAAAAAAUAAUCGCACAUAGUCAGUGUGUUUCUUGGAAUGGAAAAAUGAAAAGUGUAAAUAUUUUAUACAUUUUGUAUUAUGUGCUAUUAUAUUAGUUUCUUUAUUUUUCAAAUGUAUUAUUAUUUUUACUGUACAUUGUGUAAAGUUUUUAUAAAAAGAACAUGUGUAUAGUAGUGUGUACACAUACACACAACACACACACACACACACAAAAACACAUACACACCUAAAAAAAAGAAAAAAAAAGAUUUCAUAUGUCGUGUCCCUCCUAUUACUUUUUUAUGAUCUUUGACAACCACUGCCAGUGGAUUUUGUAUACCUAAAUGUUAAUAUUAAAAAAAAUGCUUUUUGUAAGAAUUUCGAGGGAUACUAAAUUGUAAUUGUAUCAUAUUGGAGAGUAUUAUGUUUUAAUACAUGGUUUUGUAAUAAAAA